AUGAGCACCGUAGGCUCCGCCGUGGCCGAUCAAGCACGCCCCGAAUACGGCUAUGGAAAAACUCUUGGCUACUUCUCCUUCACCUCCGCCUUCCUGCUUGGCGAGGGCGUGGGCGGCAUUUUCUUACCGCCUGUUUCCGAGUCUUUUGGUCGCAAAUUCGUUUACAUUGCUGCACCAUUGAUUUGUUCCGUCUUUUGCGUCAUCGUCGCGGCUGUGCCGCCGCAGCUGAAUGGAUCGGUGGCGCUCCUCAUCUUCGCGCGUUUCGUGGCGGGGAUGGUGAGCUCUGUGCCGGCCACAGUGGCACCAGGCAGCUUGGAGGAUAUGUUUGAUGAGGAGCAGCGCAUCUGGACGGUUUCAGCUUGGACUACAGCAUCGAAUGUGGGCGUGUUGUUUGGGCCUAUCUAUGGCAGCUACGUCACUGCAUAUCUGGGAUGGCGCUGGGUCUUCUGGAUCUCAGCAAUCAUCAUGGUCGUCUGCUUCUUCCUUACCUUAUUCCUCCGCGAAUCUCGUUCCACCCGACUUCUCCAACAAAAGCUCGACGAAAUCCUCGCACUUACCGAUGGCUCCUCUGAGACCGCUUCCCUGCGCAUCCACAACCCAGACGCCGUCCUGUCCCUCAACACCUUCCUGACCGACACGCUCUUCCGGCCGCUCCGCCUGCUCUUCACCGAACCCAUCGUCAUCCUCUGCUCGGCGCUCAACGCCAUCUCCUUCGCCAUGAUCUACGGCCUCACCGAAGGGCUGACCAUCGUCUACUCGUCGCCGAGCUACGGGCUGCCGGACCCGCACACGACGUCGUCGCUCGGCUUCGUGCCGCUGAUCAUCGGCCUCUUCUUCUCGCUGCCCUUCCGUGCGCGCGACGCGCGAAACUUCCGAGAGCUCAACGCCGAGGGCGUGCCGCCGGAGCGCAAGCUGACGUCCUUCACCAUCGCGGUGCCGGCGCUGGCGCUCGGGUUCUGGGUGUUUGCCUGGACGAUCCCGCCGCUUGUGCCGCAGGCGCCGCUGCUGGUGUCGAUGGCCGCGCUCGUGCCUGUCGGCUUCGCCAUCAACGACCUCGACUCCGUGCUGUGCGGCUACAUGGCCGACGUGUACAGCAUGUACGCGGCGUCAGCCUUCUCAGCGCUGUCGCUGCUGCGCGCCCUCUGCGCCGCCGCCUUCCCGCUCUUCGCCGAGCCUAUGUUCGAGCACAUGGGUGCGAACGCUGCCGCCAGCGUGCUUGCUGCCAUUGCGACCGUCUUCUGUGUCAGCCCCUGGGUGCUGCUGAAGUACGGGCCCCAGCUGAGGGAACGCAGCAGAUUUGCGGAAUACUCGGCCGCGAUGAGCGCGAAAACGGUUGCGGGAGGCAGUGCAGGGAGCAGUACGGAGACGCUGAGGGUUGUUGCAGGUGGUAGUAGUAAAGUGGAGCGGGGUGGUAACGAUGUUUGA